AUGCCAGAAGUUACAGCAGAGAGAGUAUUACGACCAUUGGAUGCAAAAGCUGCAUUUGAUGUUGUUCAAAUAGACAAGCAAACUUAUCGUGGUGUUAAGCCAUUGAGGAAACCAGGCAAGGAAGUGAGAGGAGUGUACGGGGGAAACAUUGUAGCACAAUCUAUUCUUGUUGCAAUGAGGUCUGCACCAGGAUACACACCAAACUCCGUUCAUUCGCAUUUCCUAAAAGCUGUUAAUGAGAAUAGUCCAUUAAUUUGGAAAAUUGAAGAUAUAUCCUCCGGUAAAUCAUUUGCUACAAGAAAAAUUCUUGCAUAUCAAGAUGAUGUUGCCGUAUUCACCGCAAUUAUUUCUUUAACUACUAAGAAUUCAACUUCUAAAACGGGCCACAAGGACAAUACAAAGAUGGAGUAUAGUGUCCCACCAGGAAAAACAUUAUCAACUCAAAGUCUUAAAGGUGAACCACUGGCAUAUGCAUCACUACCUUUAUUCGUAUACCAGAAGUUUUACGAAGAACAAAAGGAUAAAGAUACCUAUGCUUUCCAGCUAAGAUGGGGUAUUAAAGAUGAUCCAAAUUUUCAUCAAGAACUUCAAAAUGUAACGCCAGAAUUUAAAUAUGUUGGUCUUACUGUUUUAACCGAUUGGGUGGGUGUUGAGUUAUUAGUACCACAUGUGGGUAUUGAAACUCCACCGAAAUUUGAAACUUCAAUUGAUCAUAAUAUUUAUUAUCAUGAAGACGAUUUUGAUAUAGAUCAAUGGUUUCUGUAUGUUUUAAGAUUUAAAUGGAUUGGAAAUGAUAGAGCAUUGGUUAAGGCUGAUUUGUACACAGAAGAUAAUAAGCAUGUCGUGAGCAUUGUACAAGAGAGGUUGUAUGUGACUAGUUCCAAAUUAUGA